UAUCCGUGCAAUGAAUCAGAACCGACCCGGGCUGAGAAAACAUGAGACGAGUUGCGGAUAAUCCCUCCCCAUUGAAAAUGGCGCUUGUCGCCUGAAAAAUGAAUUAGUAACCCUAGUUUCAUACUAGAAUAAAAUGUUGUACUCUUUAACAACUCGUCAUUUCUUCCCCUACACUCCUCCUCAUCUUCCCACAAAAACCCCACUCAACCCAUCCCUAAAACCCUUCAACUUUACUUUCACUUGUUCAACAACAAGAAGAAGAUCGUACGUGGUUCGCGCAGCAGCAGAGUCCAAUGACAAACAAAAUGAUGAUUUUGUGACCAGGGUUUUGAAGCAAAAUCCUAGUCAAGUAGAACCCAAGUUUUUGAUUGGUGAUAAAUUGUAUACAUUGAAAGAAAAAGAGGGUUUAGUUAGCAAUUCUGAUGACGGCCUUUUCGGGUUCUUGUCGAAAAGGAAAAGGGAGGAGGAGAAGGUUUCGAGUCGAAAUGAGAGUGGUGAUGUGUUUUUGAAGGAUUUAUUGAGGGAGUAUAGGGGGAAGCUUUAUGUUCCCGAACAAGUGUUUGGGCAAAAUGUUUCGCAGGAGGAGGAGUUUAAGCGCAAUCUAGAUGUUUUGCCUAGAAUUACCUUUGAGGAUUUUCUGAAAGCGAUGAGGAGUGAUCAAGUUAAGGUGUUGAGUUUCGUGGAGGAUAAUGGUGCUUCUUGGUUUAGGGAUUUUGUGGUGGAGCUGAAAGAAAUUCCGGGAGAUAAGAACUUGCAGAGAACUAAGUGGACGAUGAAGCUUUAUAAGGAUCAAGCAAAAUCUGUUUUGGAGGAAUAUACAGGGACUCGAUAUGAAAUUGAGAAGAACCAAUUAGUGUCAUCAGUGGGAAAACUACCAGAAUAUCCUCAUCCAGUAGCAUCUUCUAUAUCGAGCAGGAUAGUGGUGGAAUUGGGGAUGCUGACUGCUGUAAUGGCUGCAGCUGCAGCUGUUGUUGGAGGGUUUCUAGCAUCAGCAGUCCUUGCUGUUACAAGUUUUGUCUUUGUAACAGCUCUAUAUGUUAUAUGGCCUAUUGCCAAACCUCUCCUUAAGCUCCUUUAUGGUCUUGUAUCUGGUAUGAUAGAGAUUGUGGGGGAGAAGGUUGGUGAUUUAUUAAGUGAUGGAGGGAUUAACUCAAAGUUGUAUGAAAUAUAUAUAUCUGGUAAUGUAGUCACCACUCUCCGUUUAUUAGUACCUAUCAUCAUGGUAUUUGUGUCGAUGGCUCUUCUUCUCCGUUUUACCCUUUCUAGAAGACCCAAAAAUUUCAGAAAAUGGGACAUAUGGCAAGGAAUAGAGUUUUCUCAAUCGAAACCACAAGCUCGUGUUGAUGGUUCAACUGGAGUUACAUUCAGUGACGUUGCAGGGAUUGAGGAAGCCGUAGAAGAGCUGCAAGAGCUAGUAAGGUAUCUGAAGAAUCCGGAACUAUUCGAUAAAAUGGGGAUAAAGGCUCCACAUGGGGUUCUUUUGGAAGGCCCUCCAGGAUGUGGCAAGACCCUGGUUGCCAAGGCCAUAGCUGGUGAAGCUGGUGUUCCAUUUUACCAGAUGGCUGGCUCAGAGUUUGUUGAAGUACUGGUUGGUGUUGGUUCAGCUCGGAUCAGAGAUCUAUUUAAACGUGCUAAGGUGAACAAGCCUUCUGUAAUCUUUAUUGACGAAAUCGAUGCUUUGGCUACAAGGCGUCAAGGAACAUUUACUGAUUCCAAGGACCAGCUAUACAAUGCAGCUACUCAAGAAAGGGAAACUACUUUGAAUCAGCUAUUGAUAGAGCUUGACGGCUUUGAUACAGGGAAGGGUGUUAUAUUUUUAGGUGCUACAAAUCGAAAGGAUUUGUUAGAUCCUGCACUUCUUCGACCUGGUCGUUUUGAUCGUAAGAUUAAAAUCAGCGCGCCAAAUGCAAAAGGAAGACUUGAAAUAUUGAAAGUUCAUGCGCGGAAAGUGAAACUGUCCAAGUCUCUGGAUCUGUCUACUUAUGCCCAGAAUCUGCCUGGAUGGACAGGAGCAAGGUUGGCUCAGUUACUCCAAGAGGCUGCUCUUGUGGCAGUGCGAAAAAAUCACAAUGCUAUUAUGCAGCCAGACCUUGAUGAAGCAGUUGACAGGCUUACAGUCGGACCAAAGCGUGUUGCAAUAGAGUUGGGUCAUCAGGGGCAAUGUCGUCGAGCCACAACUGAAGUAGGGACUGCAUUGACUUCUCAUCUGCUAAGGCAACUUGAAAAUGCUAAUGUGGAAUCCUGUGACCGUAUAUCAAUCAAUCCUCGUGGCCAGACGUUGUCUCAAGUUGUAUUUAAUAGACUUGAUGAUGAGUCGUAUAUUUUCGAGCGUCGGCCUCAACUACUUCACCGCCUUCAGGUUUUACUUGGAGGGAGAGCUGCAGAAGAGAUAAUUUUUGGCCGGGAUACAUCAAAGGCAUCAGUUAACUACCUUGCUGAUGCAUCAUGGCUUGCUCGAAAGAUUAUAACAAUUUGGAAUUUGGAAAAUCCAUUGGUAAUACACGGAGAACCUCCUCCUUGGAGAAAGAAAGUCAAAUUUGUGGGGCCUCGUCUUGACUUUGAAGGUUCAUUAUAUGAUGAUUACGACCUGAUUGAGCCACCAAUCAACUUCAACUUGGAUGAUGAAGUUGCGCAAAGAACAGAACAAUUGAUGCGUGACAUGUAUGAUAAGACUGUUGCUUUAUUGAGGGAGCAUAAUGCCGCUUUACUAAAAACUGUUAAGGUUCUUUUGAAUCAAAAGGAGAUUACUGGGGAAGAAAUUAACUUCAUCAUAAAAAAUUAUCCUCCACACACACCAACAAGUCUUAUAUUGGAGGAGAGAGAUCCAGGGGGUCUUCCAUUUAGGCAAAGUCAAGAAGAGGAGAGUGAAGUGGAAUAUAGUAUGUUGCCUCAAUAAAUAGCAAGGGAUCACAAUAUACUAUUUAUAUUGUAUACUUGAGCAAGUUCAAAGUGGGAAAAUGCCCGAGAAGAGUUCUCUAAGACCUGCUAAAUGGAGGUGAAUAUGAAGCACGGACGAGACAAUAUUUGCAACCACCUGUGGUUACGAGUGACACAUUGCGAUAUAGAAUUUUGUGGUUUAUGUCGAUUAUGGCAAGCUAUAGAGUUGUGUAAAUGAAAGUGUUUCAAAGGUUCAUAGUAUUGAGGUAUGCAUGGAAGGAAUUGCUAUAAUUGCAAAUACGGUUUAUACAUGUACUUUCGCAAUAUAGUCUGUUCUUUGUAUGUUCAGUGAGUUGGUUUUCUCA